AGAAGUGUCAAGUUCCGUUCAUUCCAUCCUGGGUGUUUCUAGAACCUUCUGUUAACUGGGUAAAGUGGCACCCAGCGAAGCGGCAUCAUGUUGGAAUACAUGCUUGGCCUCGUAAAUUUGAAGAGAAAUAAAGUAGUGUAUUAUCCUUCCUUUUCUGGGAAAGCAAUAUAGAAUAAUGGCUAAAAAUAUAAAGUCUGUGGUUAAAGACCUGAUUUUAGAUCUUUGUGCUGUAAUUUACUAGUUACCUGACCUUGGACAUUUUUUAAGUUUCAGGUUACUCGUCUGAGAAAGUUCUUGCAGGAUCUACUGUAGGGCAUUUUGCAGGAUUAAAUACAGAGGAUUUGGCCCAAUUCUUGGCUCAGUACAUGUUAGCUAUCAUUAUAGAGCGUGUGGUGUGAUCUCUUUGGAUGCUUCUUUUUCUCCAAAACCUUAAGAGUUCCAGCCAAUGUUUCCUCAUUUCAAAACUGGAACACUUGGAAGUCACCAGAACACUCUUCAGGGUGUCUGCAGGUGGGAUCCCAUGAUUACUACGUUACCUGGCUUAUACCUGCUGUCAGUUGGAGUGGUCAAACCUGCCAGCUGGAUCUUUGGAUGGUCAGAACAUGUCGUCUGCUCCAUUGGAAUGCUCAGAUUUGUUAAUCUUCUGUUCAGUGUCGGCAACUUCUAUUUGCUGUAUUUGCUUUUCCGCAAGGUCCAACCCAGACACAAGGCUGCCUCAAGUGUCCAGAGAAUCUUGUCAACAUUAACAUUAGCAGUAUUUCCCACACUCUAUUUUUUUAACUUUCUUUAUUAUACAGAAGCAGGAUCCAUGUUUUUUACUCUUUUUGCUUAUUUGAUGUGUCUUUAUGGAAAUCAUAAAACUUCAGCUUUGCUUGGAUUUUGUGGCUUCAUGUUUCGUCAAACUAAUAUCAUCUGGGCUGUCUUCUGCGCGGGAAACAUCAUUGCACAAAAAUUAACUGAAGCUUGGAAAACUGAGCUACAAAAGAAAAAGGAGGAGAGGCUUCCCCCUAUUAAAGGACCAUUUUCAGAAUUCAGGAAAAUUUUUCAGUUUCUUUUGGCUUAUUCCAUGUCCUUUAAGAACUUGAGUAUGCUUUUCCUUUUGACUUGGCCCUACAUCCUUCUAAUGUUUCUGUUUUGUGUUUUUGUAGUUGUUAAUGGUGGGAUCGUUAUUGGUGAUCGAAGUAGUCAUGAAGCCUGUCUACAUUUUCCUCAACUCUUUUACUUUUUCUCUUUUACUCUCUUUUUUUCGUUUCCUCACCUAUUGUCUCCUAGCAAAAUUAGGGCUUUUCUUAGCUUAGUUUGGAAACGUAGAAUUCAGUUUUUUGUGAUUACUUUAGUCUCUCUAUUUUUAGUUUGGAAAUUCACUUAUGCUCAUAAAUACUUGCUUGCAGAUAAUAGACAUUAUACAUUCUAUGUGUGGAAAAGAGUUUUUCAAAGAUACGAGAUUGUGAAAUACUUGUUAGUUCCAAUAUAUAUAUUUGCUGGUUGGAGUAUAGCUGACUCAUUGAAAUCAAAGUCAAUUUUCUGGAAUUUAAUGUUUUUCAUAUGCUUGUUUACUGUUACAGUACCUCAGAAACUGCUAGAAUUUCGUUACUUCAUUUUACCUUAUAUUAUUUAUAGGCUUAACAUACCUCUGCCACCUAUAUCUAGGCUUGUUUGUGAACUGGGUUGCUAUGCAGUUGUUAAUUUCCUAACUUUUUACAUCUUCCUGAACAAGACUUUCCAGUGGCCAAAUAGUCAGGACAUUCAGAGGUUUAUGUGGUAACAUCGGAGAUAUAUAUUGAAUUCUAAAAAUAGACUUAUUUAGACUAUCUCCACAAUGAACAACUGAACAGGUAAAAAUAAUGAACUUUCUUUUGGGGACAAUAGUGGUCCACAGAUCACAUCAGAUUUUUUGUGUUUUAAACAUCAGAUAUAUGUGUUUUAAACAUAUAUAAUAAAUCCAAGGAAGUGGUAAAGAACUGAGAAGAGUUUAAGACUUGCUCCAUAAGCCUAAAUAAUGCAAAAUGAAAUUGUUUACAGUUACUUCAUGAUAUCCCUUUGGUACUGCUGGCCACUCAAAAAGUUUGAAAAAAAUUUGUAAGUAUUAGUUUAAGAAAACUGAGCUUUAUAGUACUGAAACUUAUUUAUUAAUUCUCUUCAGAAAGCAAUAGCAGGCAAAGUAUUUGAAAAAAUUUGCAAAUGAUCAGGUAAUAUUCUUGAUUGAAAGGUUACUUAACAUUUCAGUAAAUAUAAUUUUAAUCAUAAGGCAAAAUAGACUCACAAAGAUAAUGUUAUAAAUUAGAAGCUCAUCUAGUUUAUCUUGUAAUUAAGUUGUUGAUUUUUGUUAAAAGUCUAGAAAUGAUCAACCCCUUUCACUAACUCUUUACUUUUGUUUUAUUUAUUUAUUUUUUUAGAGAGAGAGAGAGUGCAUGCACAUGUGAGUGGCUGGAGGAGGGAUGCAGGGAAGGGAAGGCAGAAAGAGAAGGAGAGAGAAUCUUAAGCAGACUCCAUGCCCAGUGCAGAGCUCGAUGUGGGGCUCAGUCUCACAGCCCUGAGACCUGAACUGAAAUCAAGAAUUGGGUGCUUACCCCACUGAGCAUCCCAAGCACCCCACUAAUUAUUUUUUUAAGUAUUUAUUUAAGUAAUCUCUACACCCAGUGUGGGGCUUGAACUCAUGACCCCAAGAUCAAGAGUGGCACACUAUUGACUGAGACAACCAUGCCUCCCUUUCGCUAAUUCUUAGUAUGAAAUGUAUGAUGGACGAAGGUAAAAUGUGUUGAUGAUAAUACCUUUUAAAAGGGAUUUUCAUUCUAAAAUACAUUACUGUAUAGUUUCUUAUGGCUGCCGUAACAAAUAACAACAAACUUGGUAGCUUAAAAGUAUCUGUCAUAGCUCUCGAGGCUGGAAGUCUAAAAUUAAGGUGUUGGCAGGGCUGGUUACUUCUGGAGGCUCUGAGGGAGAAUCUAGCAUGCAGUUCUUGCUGUUCCUUGGUUUACAGAUGCAGCACUCCAAUCUCUGCCUCUGUCUUCACAUGGUCUUUCUCUUAUAAAGAUAAUGUCAUUGGUUAGGGUUUACCCUAAUCCAGGAUGGUCUCAUGUUGAGAUCUUUAAUUAAGUCUACAAAGACCCUUUUACCAAACAAGGGCACAUUUACAGGUUCCAAGUAAACAUCUUUUUUGUGGGAUACUUUUCACCCACUGAAGUUACCAAAGUAUAUUUUAGGAUAAAUAAAAUUAGUAGGAAAUAAUUCCUUUGCUGAGAUAUUUUAAAUUAUGUCUUUACUGAAAGGUAAUUCUGAGAUAACGUAAUUACAAAAGAAAAGGUAAUUGGUAUUUGAUUCCAUUAUCCAAAAUAGAAUUGAAAGGAACUUUAGAAAUCAUUUGAUCUAAUCUUAUUUUGUAGGUUAGGGAGCUACCUCUUAGAUAGGAUUUUUUGUGUGAGUCUUUGGAUUCUGUGUCUACUAUUUCUUGUACAUUCAUUGUGUUGUCAUUCCGUUACAGAAAAGUAUUAUUCAGACAUGUUAAUUUUGACAUGAAAACAGAACUGUGAAUACAAUUUAUUUUUUAAUUUCACUUUACAUUUGUAAACUUAAAAAUAACUGUGAAAAAAUUACUUUGUCUUUAAUGUUGGAUUGUGCUUUGGGUUUUAAACGGUGGGUAGAUGUGGAAAGGAUUCUGCAUUUGCAAAUAUAAAAUUGUACAGGUGAAAAUUACAGAUACAGUCUUAAGUAAUAAGUACAGGGCAAUCUUGUAUUCUGUUCAGUACUUAGAAAGUAGAUUGACUCUGGUUGUAACAGUGAUUGUUGACAGAUGUCUUUACUCAUUUUAUUUUUUGGUAAUUAGGUAAGAAAACACAAAGAAAUUAUUAUAUUAUAAUGAUCUGAGUUCCAGGAUAUCAAAAUAAAUAACUUCCUUAUCUGUUAUUAUUAAUGCAAGGCUUUUGUGAUUAAGAAUAUUUCUGAGUUGCAUUCUAACAAACAUGAGAAGACCAUUCCACUCCAUAGAUUAGGGGAAUCACUGUUCCAGUUUAUUUGUAAGUGUUAAAUUCCUGCUAUUUUAAGAGAUUGUUUGGAGGAAAUCCACACUCAGAGAGAAACAGGUUAACCUUCCUUGUUUUCUAUAAAGUAUAUAAAAUACAGUACUUAACAUUUUAAAAAAGAAUACUGUGAAUUAAAAGGUGCUGUGGAGUGUAGCUUUUAGAAAUAUCCUAAGUUGCAUUUGUGUUUUGAAUAUUUUUCAAGAAUUAUUGAGUACAUAUUUUUGACAUGAAUUUUUAAGAAGUUAAAUGUAAUUGAAUUUCUUGAUUAAAAGAUGAUUAUUUUAAGAAAAGUACUGAUAUGUUGGACAGGCUGUGGAGCCUUGCAAUUAUUACUGAAAUCUUUAAGUAGGAUUAUUUUAAAGAAUGUCAUAGAAAGAUUUAGUCCAUACAUUUUUAAGCCUUGUAAUAAAUCUUUUUGAACUUUUUCUAUCUUACAUGAAAUUCCAUAGAUAAAAAGUAUUUCUGUUCUAUGGUGUCAGUAAGCUUGCAGUGUGCUGUGUGUUUCCUCACAUAUUUAUGUUUUCUUUUAGUGGAUACCUAGGGAUCUUUUUAAUGUAUCUUAUGUUUUAAAAUUAUUUGGAAAUACAAUGUUCCUGAGCUUACUAAACAUAGAAUGUCAUUUUGGUAAGAUAAAUUGUGUUAGCUGUCUGACCUCUUCCUCCUCCUCUUAAAGUUAUUUCUGGAACAUGCUUAGUCUGUCAUGAAGUACAUUAAUUUAAGUAGCUUUAAUAUAGUUUAUUUCUAAUAGAUAAAUAUCUAAAUGUAGUAUAUUUCUAGUUUGAAUUUAACGGCCACUAUGCUUGACAUUUUUAUUUUUUUCUUGAUAAUUGCUGAAGACAGGAGAGGAAAAGAAAAGAGAGCCUCAUUAUUAGUGGACAGUUAUUUUAGUUAUUUUAGUAUUUAAGUAAAAUACUGAUAGGAAAAAUGAAUUCAUGUUGAUUAGGUUGAGAGCAUUUAUUAUCUUUGAGGCAAUUAGAAUUUUUUUAAGUGAAACAAGAAAAAAGUAUCAUGAAAAAGCUUUUUUGAAUGGAAAUUUAAAUAUGACUUAGAAACCAUGGGCUUGUAGAAAAAGCAUUUAACAUGAAAGUUAGGAUUUCUGUAUUUGUGGCUUUAGAUUUAAUAAACUAAGUGAUUUAGUCUUUUGUCCUCAUUUCAAAUGAGAACAGUAUUUGUCAUGACUCUGGUUAUUCUAGCCUGACAUAUGUCUAGUCGUAUUUCAGAAAUAAUUCAGCCCCCGCCAUAUAUCCAUAAAGUUCAUAAAUAUAUAGUAAAUGUCAAAUAAAUGUAUACUGAAUGAAGUUUUUAGUAUAGGAUGAAGUGAAUGUCUUAGAAAAAUCAUACUAUAUAACCAUAAGCUAAUUUUAGGAAAUAAAUCACAUGCUUCUUAAUGAAAGCCAUCCUAAACUUUUUUCUGCCUAAAUUUUCUGACGUAGUUUUAACUUUUUUUAUUUACUGUAGUGUUUAAAACUUACACAUGUAUUUACUUGUAAAUAUGUUAUAAUGUUAUUAUAAUAGGAUGUGAUUUCAAAAUUGUUGCUGUUUAUUUAAAAUAAGAAAGUAACUUUCAACCAUUAAAAUAUAAUAGCAGUAAAACUUUGAUGCUUAUUAAACUCUUAAGGGAAAAGAGAUUUCAACCAUUUAUGAAUAAUUUGUGUUAUUUUAGUUAAGCUGCAUUUUAGUAUAUUAGGGAUAACUGUCACUUUUUAUUUAGGGUAUUUUUUGAUGUAUUUAAAUGUGGACAAUAUGACAAACAUUUCCAAUAUAAAACAGUAUAGCUGAGAAAAUGAUAAUAAAAAUGGAUAGAUGAUAUAUUUUUUAACACUUACCCAUGAAUCUAACACUAAAUUCUUUAACAUUUGGAAAUUAUUUCUAGGGUAAGAAGUGUUGCCACGGUAAAGAAAUCCAAUAAUAUCAUAUUUUCUUGUUAAAAAUUGGGCAUUUGAUGAAUUCAAUGUUAAUUAAAUUUGAGCCCAGUGCUUCACCAUCAGACAAAAAGAGAUAUGGUAUUUUUCUGAGGAGAUAAAUAUUAAGCUUUGUAUUGAUAUUUUUUCACACAGACUGGAACUUUACCAUGAUUCAGUUCAGUUGAACCAUUGGGGUUGAGGGGUCAUAAAAAAUUAGGAAGAGAGGGAAGAAAACUAAUGGUAACUAAUAAUUGCUGUCAUUUAUUGAGUACCUACAGUGUUCUAGGCAUUGUACUAGCUGUUUUGUAAACAUUGUCUCAUUUGAUCCAACUUAUAUUUAUAUGAAGCAGAUACUCAUUUGUCUUUCACUGCUGGAGAAACUAAAGUUAAGGCAGAUCAGGCAAGUCCCCAAAGUCAGCGCUGUCACUGAACAUAGAUUGGCUUGACUCCCAAGCCUGUGAGGGUUUUUUUUUUGUUUUUUUGUUUUUUUGUUUUUAAGAUUUUGUUUAUUUGAUUUGUUUAUUUGCUGAGAGACUCAGCAAGAGAGGGAACACAAGCAUGGGGAAUGGGAGAGGGAGAAGCAAGCCUCCCUCCAAGCAGGGAGCCCAGAUGCUGGGCUCAAUCCCAGGACCCUGGGAUCAUGACCUGAGCUGAAGGCAGCCGAUUCAUGACUGAGCCACCCAGGUGCUCCCCCCGCCCCCCACUGCCACCAAGCCUUUUAACUGAGAAUCUGCCUCAGAAAAUUUUUCAUUAGGAGAAGUAAAAUAUGGAGAGAGAGGUGAUAAUCUGUCUUGACUCUGCAUUAGCCAGAAAAUUCAUGACCUAUUGUUUUUUGUACCUAGUCAUUUUUUUAAAUGCUAGCAGCUGUUUAAAGGAGCAUGAACAGAUAGUUAUAUGAGAAAGGACUUUUAAAACUAUAUUUAGGAUGUUUAGCUUGGAGAAAUAUAGAUCCUACAAUUUGAUAAGCUCUUAUAAUUGAGUAAGUAUUUGGAAGAAGGAUUGGACUGUUCUUUAUUCCCUGAAGUUUAUAUCAAGGGCCAACAGAUUUCAGCUGAUUAAAUUUAAAAAAAAAAGUACAUUCUGUAAUUUUUUAGUCUCUCUCUGGGAAUAGAUCCAGAAAAAAGUAAGUUUCUCCACUCAUUGACAAGAUUUCUGUUUAGCAGGAAUGCUUCAGAAGAGAUUCAGAUCGUAAGUAGAGUUAAAAUGUUUUUUUAAGGUGUCUCACAACCCAGUGAUUUGAAAUUCAUUAAGUUUGUUACAACUAAUAUUUUUUGCAUUAAUGAAUAAGUCAUGGUGAAGUAUUUCUGGUGGAUUGCAUGCUGUAUUUAAUAUAUUUUAAAUUUCUGAACAAAAACUGUACUUUUAACUCUACUUGUUUAGAAAUAAAUUUGAGAUAUACAACUUAGUAGGACAUAUUUUUAGCUGUAGUGUUUAAGCGUACUGCUAAUGUAGUUUAAAUUUGUUUUCUAUUUUUUAAAAUCCCCUUUACAUUAGUGAAGAGAAUGUGCUUCUAUUUGAAAAGGAUUUUCCUCAAGAUAAAUAGGGCAAGCACUAUCUAUAAAAUGUUUUUAAAUGCAGUAUCCACUAGGUGGUGAUAUUAUACUAUAUUUCUGAGUGUUCUGGUACUAAAACUUUCUUAAUCUGUGUUAACUUUUUUUAUAGUUUUAGUUUUGAACUACAAAGUAAUUUAUAGUCAUCCAUGUCUAUUUAUUAUAAUGUUAUUCACAAUAUUUUCUAAAUUAUAUGAAGCUAAGGUAAAUGUAAAAAAACAAUCAUUUUUGUGUUGUGUAAUCCUUUUAGGUGAUAUAACCUAAUAUAUCUUCUCAUAUGGCUUUCUUUAUUUCAUAUGGUGUAGAUGAGAUCUUUUCCCACAGUCAGUGAAUGAUGAUGGUAAAAACUUGGAAACUCCUUUAUCAUUAAAUUAGCCACUAUUUUAAGUGCUUUACCCAUAUUUAUGAAUCAUAACAAACCUGUGGGAUCAGUACCAUUUUUAAUAUUUUCACUCUGCACAGGAAGAAACUGCAUAUAGGAAGAUUAAAUAUUUUGCCCAAGAUCACAAAAUAACUGGCUGAGCUGGGGUUUACAUCUAAAGCAGGCUGACUCCAGAAUCCAUAUUAACUUAUCAGUUGAUGGAGAAAAGGGUGAAGGGCAUCAAGUCUACCUUCCAAUAAUAGCGUUUUAGAAAGAAAAGCAUGAGGAAUGUGGUUAUACUCCCUAUUUUUAUAAGUCAGGACAAUGAGGCCCACACUAAUUUUGAGUAUUCCAGAGGCAGAUCUUCCAUCUGCCAUGUUAUCCUCCAGUUCUGUUUUGGUGAUAGUAUCUCAGAGUGAAAUGUGUAUGUACUUAAGAAUUUAAGGGAGGGGAAAAAACAAAACCCUCAGGACUGGAGUCUUAGUCAUAUUUACAUUGAAAUAAAGACCUUUGUUUUAAUUAGAUGAUUCCAGCUACCAAAUGGAGGAGCAUAGUUGUUUGAAAAUUAUUACUUAGUUUCUCCAAAGAGACUCCCAUUUGGAAGCAAAUUGUCAAACAUGACAUACUUUGGAAUUUUUUAAAAAUUUUGACUGGAAAAGCUUAAUCUUUUUUAAAAAACCUAUAAGUACAUGUUGUAGAUGCUUUUAAGUUUUAUAUUUUGUUAGAUAACCAUGCCGUAAAAUGGAAAUGUUUAUUUGACUUCUACAAUUAUAUUGUGGUUUUUUGUCAUUUAAAACUGAUUUUUAAGUAAAUCUAUUUAUAAGAAUAAAAGAUAUACUUGUUUUCUUUUUUAAAAAGUUUGUUCAAAUAUGGUUUCAUUUUGCUUGUAAAUAAAUUCAUGUUUUAUAAUAA